AGCGGCAUCACUGCUUCCCGUUCUUCCUAGUGCCUUUAGUUUAGUGUCACACCUGCUUUCAAUCUAGCCGGAGACCGAGGCAGCUGGGACUUGGUGUUGUGGGAAGAGCACCAGAACACUCUUCAAGGUUAUCGGUUCUUAAACUCAGAGAACAGACCAACACACCCACUGAAAGAAGGUGCCUUUGAGAGACGGGCUUUGGGAACGGAAGUAACAUCCACCACAUUGCCUGUGCACGCAGAAGAGAAGAGGAGUUGGCGACACUUGCAGUGCUGAGUGCGGUGGUUGUAUAGGGGACUACAAUGCAUCGUUUAAGGACUUGUGCAUCACGGCUGCGGCCUCUCACAGCCUCUCAGACUGUUCAGAGCCUAUCACAGCAGAGGCCAGCAGUCAUCAACAGGACGCUACAGCCAAUCAGGCGCUACACUGCACCUGUGGCUGCCGAACCAUUUCUGAAUGGAACAAGUUCAAACUAUGUGGAGGAAAUGUACCUUGCAUGGCUCGAGGAUCCCAAGAGUGUUCAUAAGUCUUGGGAUGUUUUUUUCAGGAAUGCCAACGCAGGAGCUCCUCCGGGCACAGCCCACCAAAGCCCCCCUCCGCUGGGGACCAGCCUGGCCAGCCUCACUCAGGCCCAGUCUCUGGUGGGGGCCCAGCCCAACGUGGAGAAGCUGGUGGAGGAUCACUUGGCCGUGCAGUCACUCAUCCGCGCCUACCAGAUUCGAGGGCACCAUGUAGCUCAGCUGGAUCCUUUGGGAAUAAUGGACGCCGAUCUGGACUCUAGCGUUCCCUCCGACAUUAUUACAUCUACCGACAAACUGGGCUUCUAUGGUCUGGAUGAAUCGGACCUGGAUAAAGUGUUCCGCCUACCCACCACCACCUUCAUCGGUGGGGAGGAGAGUGCACUGCCCCUUCGGGAGAUCAUCAGACGGUUGGAGAUGGCAUACUGUCAACACAUCGGCGUUGAGUUCAUGUUCAUCAAUGACCUGGACCAGUGUCAGUGGAUCCGGGAGAAGUUUGAGAGACCUGGUGGAAGGCAUUUCACCAUCGAGGAGAAGAGAACCCUGCUGGCUCGCAUGAUUCGAUCCACCCGGUUUGAGGAGUUCCUGCAAAGGAAGUGGUCAUCUGAGAAGAGAUUUGGGCUGGAGGGCUGUGAGUCACUCAUCCCUGCACUCAAGACCAUCAUCGACAAGUCCAGUGAGAACGGAGUGGAGAACGUCAUCAUGGGAAUGCCUCACAGGGGUCGUCUGAAUGUCCUGGCCAAUGUCAUUCGCAAAGAGUUGGAGCAGAUCUUCUGCCAGUUUGACUCUAAGUUGGAGGCAGCGGAUGAGGGCUCUGGAGAUGUGAAGUAUCACCUGGGAAUGUACCACAGAAGAAUAAAUCGCGUGACUGACCGGAACAUCACGCUCUCUCUGGUGGCCAACCCAUCUCAUCUGGAGGCAGUCAAUCCCGUGGUGCAGGGCAAGUGCAAGGCGGAGCAGUUCUACUGUGGAGACACUGAUGGCAAGAGGGUCAUGUCAGUCCUGUUGCACGGGGAUGCAGCCUUCGCUGGGCAGGGGAUUGUCUACGAGACGUUCCACUUGAGUGACCUGCCGUCAUACACCACACAUGGCACAGUGCAUGUUGUCGCCAACAACCAGAUCGGCUUCACCACUGACCCUCGAAUGGCGCGCUCCUCGCCCUAUCCCACUGAUGUGGCCCGGGUGGUCAACGCUCCUAUCUUCCACGUGAACGCAGAUGACCCUGAGGCUGUGGCCUAUGUCUGUGAGGUUGCUGCUGAGUGGAGGGCCACCUUUCACAAGGACGUAGUGGUGGAUCUGGUGUGUUACAGGAGGAACGGCCAUAAUGAGAUGGAUGAGCCCAUGUUCACUCAGCCACUCAUGUACAAGACGAUCAAGAAGCAGAAGGGGGUGAUGCUGAAGUAUGCUGAGAAGCUCAUCGAGGAGGGCUCAGUAACUAGACAGGAGUAUGAGGAGGAGAUUGCUAAGUAUGAUAAGAUUUGUGAGGAAGCACAUGCACGCUCCAAAGAUGAGAAGAUCCUUCACAUUAAGCACUGGCUGGACUCCCCUUGGCCUGGUUUCUUCACUCUAGAUGGCCAGUCCAAGAGCAUGAGUGCUCCCUCUACUGGUCUGACUGAGGAAGAGCUGUCACAUAUUGGACAGGUGGCGUCAUCCGUACCUGUAGAGGACUUCACUAUCCAUGGAGGUCUAAGUCGUGUCCUGAAGAGCCGAGGUGAGAUGAUCCGUAACCGCACGGUUGACUGGGCUCUGGGAGAGUACAUGGCGUUUGGCUCCCUGCUGAAAGAGGGCAUCCAUGUGAGACUCAGUGGCCAAGAUGUGGAGAGAGGCACCUUCAGCCACCGUCACCAUGUUCUUCAUGACCAGAAUGUGGACAAGAGAACCUGCAUCCCCAUGAACCACAUGGAUCCCAACCAAGCCCCUUACACCGUCUGCAACAGCUCCCUGUCUGAGUAUGGAGUGCUAGGCUUUGAGCUUGGCUUUGCUAUGGCAAGUCCCAAUGCCCUGGUUUUGUGGGAGGCCCAGUUCGGUGACUUCCACAACACGGCUCAAUGCAUCAUCGAUCAGUUCAUCUGCCCUGGCCAGGCCAAGUGGGUUCGUCAGAACGGCAUCGUGCUGCUGCUGCCCCAUGGCAUGGAGGGCAUGGGUCCUGAGCAUUCUUCAGCCCGCCCUGAGCGUUUCCUCCAAAUGUGUAACGAUGAUCCUGAUGUCUAUCCGAAAAUCAAGCCUGAGGACUUCGCUGUCCAGCAGCUGAUUGACUGUAACUGGAUCGUGGUGAACAUUUCCAAUCCAGCCAACCUUUUCCAUGUACUGAGGAGGCAGAUCUUGUACCCCUUCAGAAAGCCUCUCAUUAUAUUCACUCCAAAGUCUCUUCUGCGCCAUCCUGAGGCCAAGUCCAACUUUGACGAGAUGCUUCCAGGCACUCAUUUCCAGCGACUGAUCUCCGAGGCUGGCCCCGCCGCAGACAACCCAGCAGAUGUGAAGCGUAUCGUGUUCUGCACUGGGAAGGUUUACUACGAGCUUAACCGUGAACGCAAGACCAGAGGCAUGGAAAACACAGUUGCCAUCAGUCGCAUCGAGCAGCUCUCUCCAUUCCCCUUUGACCUGGUGAAGAGUGAGACGGAGAAGUACCCCAACGCUGACAUAGUGUGGUGCCAGGAGGAGCACAAGAACCAGGGCUACUACGACUACGUCAAGCCACGCAUGCGCACCACCAUCGCCCGCAUCAAACCUGUCUGGUAUGCUGGACGUGGGUCAGCCGCAGCGCCUGCCACUGGAAAUAAGAAAGCCCAUCUGUUGGAGUUGUCUCGUUUCCUGAACACUGCUUUCGACUUGGACGCCUUCAAAGAACACGAGUAACAGACUCUCAGCCCUGUAGACGAUUGAACCCGUGUUCAUAUUUCACCUCCAAACAGUGUAGAUUCUCUCUGACACAUCAGGCAUUCCCCCCAUGCCCUGUCUAAUGUGUGUGUGGUCAUGCAGUCUCAUUCUGUGUCCACCACCUUUCCUUUUAAAAUGAACCGAAACAAUCUAGACUCAAACUCAAAACAUUUCUUGUGUUAGUGUCUGCAUCCCCACUUUAUGGACUAAAUCAUGUUGCAUCUACUGUAUGAUGGGGUUAUUACUUCCUCAGGAGAAAAUGUAUUAAUGACAAGGUUUUAGCAUUUUACCCCAGGUUUGAACAUGCUUUUUCUCUUGCGCUGAAAUCCCCCAAAUAAUCCCCUUAUGUUCAGUGUCCUUCGUCCCCUGGCUCUCUGUGGCCACCGCCAUCUUCAUCACCACUUUUAGGCAACGUAAGGCUUUACAUUAUUUUGUGCUGUGAUUAUUGUCUUUAUUUUCCUUCUGAUUGUAUUAGCUUCAGUAUGAGUAUACUAUUACCUGCUUGAGGAAACAGACUGCGGGAUGUCAAUGUAACAUGGUGACACACGGUUUUCAGUGGUCUAGUCAUUCAGAAUGGAGCAAUGAAUCAGCAUUUAAAAGAGGUAAACUUUCCCUAUCACACAGUGAGUUAGUUUGGAAUAUGGAAUAAGGGAAACAGGCACUUGGGUGGGCACCUUUUCCUGGGGUCAGAAUAAUAGAGUUGCCAUAGGAACGGAGGGGUUGUAUAUUGCGUUUGUGGCCUUGAUCUCUGUUUUCUUCUAUAUAAGAUCAACUGUGAUCACUAUUGAAAGGCAUACUGAAGAGUGUGUGCUCAACACGUGCACUUCCAACAGUAGAGAUGAUGGAAAUGUCAUUUUGUAAAGGGCACCUGGUCUUGGUUACUUUUCUGCUCACUUUGUCCUCCAGUGCCAAAAGGUGAAAGGGUGUGUGAAUUAUAAUUGCAACAGUCUGAAAAAGGAAAUCAUGUCAUUUUAGCUCAGCGGUUAACAAUAAAACAAAUCCUGUGGAGAGAGCAAAUGAUUUAUUUAUUUUCAUAUGGAAUAUUUUAAUUAUUUCCAUGUUAUGUUGCUUCAUUGAAUAAAAACAUUAUCUUCUCA